CUUCCACUGUUUAUUGUCCCAGCAGCAGUGAGGCGGCCGUCUCUGAGAUGGCAUCACGCAGAACUCGGGGACCUCAUCCAGGAAAGAGAGUAAAGCAAAGAGGCAAGAAGCGCCGCCCGCCCGCUCCGGACUAUUACGUCCAUCACACAGAUAGGGACAUGCUGCUCCUCAUCCCCAGUGAAAUGGAGGAAACCGUCACGGUGGUGAAGAGGGUCCGCAGAGCGGAGGACGCCAGCCCCCCAGUCACCACAGACAGCGGGUGGGGCAGCGUGGUGCCGCACGAGAUCAUCCACAGGGUCUUUCGGCUGGUGGCAGAUAGUGAGGGGGCCGUACCCGCCCUGUGCAGGCUGGGGCGGGUCUGUCGUCUCUGGCACCAGGUGGCCUCCAGUCCAGAUCUGUGGCAGCGGGUGUCAGUGAGCCGAUGCUGGAUCAUCCCAAGCAAGAAGGAUCCACCCAGAAUCAGGAACAAGGUGAAGAACACCAUAGAGGCGGUAAUCCAGCAGAGAUUCUCUCAGGUCUGUGACUUCACCCUGCAGCACUGGACUUAUCACAGUUCUGUAGUGCUUCAGAGUCUAUCCUCCUCCUGCCCUCUUCUGACCUCUCUGACGCUGUCACACUGCAGUAACGUGACAGUGGACGGUCUGGUGUCGGUGGGGGAGCGCUGCCCUCAUCUGACCUCCCUCAACCUGCAGGACUCCCAGGUGGACAGUCAUGCCGUGGCUCGCUUUCUGGGGGUGCGUGGCGCCACCCUCCGCUGCUUGUAUCUGCCCUUCAGCUGCCAAACCAAUAACAUCCUAAACCUGCUGGCGAGCGGCUCCUGCCCUGAGCUGCGCCUCCUGGAGGUGAACAGAGGGAUGAAGGAGACCAUGUCGGAGGUGCAUGUCUAUGCUGAGGGGCUCCAGGCAUCAUGUCCAAAGCUGGAGGUCCUGCGGCUGCUAAAUUUCAUCUUCUCUCUGAAGUCCAGGCCGUCUUCAUCUGUAAAGGGUCCUGGGUUCAGCCAUCUUCAGGAGAUAUGUCUGGCCACCUCCACCUACUCCAUCAUCACUGACAGCACCUGCAGCACACUGCUCAGAGACUGCACCAAGCUGAGGGUGCUGGACCUGCGCGGCUGCUACCGAGUCUCCCCAGAAAGCAUCUGUGAGCUGCCGUGUACAGAUCUCCAGCACCUUUACCUGGGUAUGUACCUGUCCGCUGUCAACCGCACACUGCCCUCUGCUGGCUGCAGCUUACUGACCAGACGAUGGCGCCACAGUCUGCAGGAACUGGACCUGACCGGGCUAAACUUCAGUGACAGUGACCUGAGCCAAGCCUUGGGCAUCCUCUCGGAAGGUGGCGUCAAUGACAUGCUGCAGUCUCUCAACCUCACUGGAACUAAAGUCCCGGCCGCUGCCGUCAGAGAUGUGCUGUCCAGCUGCCAGACCCUCACACACCUGGACCUCACCUCAUGCCGGAACAUCCCCCGGGGCAUGAGGUGCGUUUACCGAGGCCGUGAGGACAUCCUCCAGUGUCUGAAGACAUUAUGCACCAGAAUGCAGGAGACUGGGAUAUAACUCGCCUCACACGUGCGUCGGCUCGUCUAGUCUCUACUGGUACUCGGCGCAGAGCGCUCCUGCCACAGUGAGUGAGAUCCGGGACGACUCCGACCCUCAGAUGCUGUGACACUAUGACAGGAGACGGAUCACCCAGAGCGCACCUCCCACCGGGUGCUGAGGGCCUACCCUGUAUUAUACCAGCGAUCAAACACCUGUUCAGCUCUAAAGAAAAAAAAUCUGAAAAAGUUUCCAAAUCUAAAAAAAAAUCACCUUUUAUCCUUUAUUA